AUGCAGCCCCCUCGUUCAGGGUGGGAAACUCCACAGGCUCCCAGUCCUCCCCACUCCGGGGAAGGAGUCCUCUCCUUCAGGGGAGCUGCGGAUACCAGUCGGAGGCCCAGUGGGAGAGCAAGGGGGACAGACCAGACCCUGCUCCCAGACACUGAGGGGCUUCUGGGAAAGGUAAGUGCCGCCCUCUCACCUGGGUUUCAAGCACAUGGAGGUCACAGGUCCACUGCCUCUCGACAUGGAGGUUCUGUUUACCUUUGGUGGUGAAUAUUCUUUCUUCUCCAUGCAAGGGCAACCCAUGUAUUCAGAGCAGUCCUUUGUAGAUUAACUCUACAAAGUUCUAUGGGGUCUACUCUCAGGCCACUAAUGUGCAUGCCAUGCCAGCCUUAGAAAGGGAGGUGGGACAGGCAGGUGAAAGGAAUUACCAAAACUGUUUGAAAAUGGGUGGGGGCUCUUGGGAAGGGGGUGCCCAAUUGGGGCUUCUCCAGGGGCAGCAGAAUGUCUUGGGCAGGAGAAUCCCUGCAGGGGCUCUCAGACAGCCUUGGCUUCUUCUUCCCUCCCUCCCAGGAAGCUGCAACUUGCUCUGGCUUCUGCGCUCCUCAGGAAGCUGAACCUGCAAACCUAGCUGAGACUGAACAUGCAACCCUGGCCAGAAUGGAAGGAGGAAGAUGGACGGUUGACCUGGUCAGGCUGUCUCCUGCAUCCCUCCCCACAACCUCUGAGCAUUCCCUCCCAGGACCCUUGGAGAAAUCUGGUGAGUUCCAGGGGAGAGCAGAUGGGGACAGGGAUAGAUGGAAGGUGGAGGGAGAAAGAGGAAAAGAUGGAGAGGAGACAAAUGGAAGGAAGUUCCUGACAUUAAGAAGGAAAAAGUGAGGCCUUCUCCAAAGCAGCUCUUUGUUCCUUGAAUCCUUUUCCUAAAGUAGUGGGGGCAGAUUUUCUUCCUCCAGGCUUUGAAAUCUUAGGUGUUAUUUCCACGGCAGGAAUAAUUUAUGGUAAUGAACUCUUAUUUGUUAUAGACAGGGUCAGAGUGAUACAUUCCACCAGCAUCAAAACACAAUAGAUGCAUGCACCUCCCCAGUUUGGUGGGCUUAAGGGACAAAGGACCCGUUAUCAUGAUACACAAUUCCUGGGGCUGGAGGCUCUGCACUUAGGAUUGGGCAUAUAAAGUCCAAGAGCGUCUGGUAUUAUAAGCAAAUUGUGCAAAAUUGCCAAUCUUACAGACUGGGGUUGUUUGUGAGAGUGAGUGAGUGGGAUAAUAAGUUAUAGCGACCCUGUGUAAUGGCCUGGUUCUCCCGCACAGACGUAAGACAACUCCAGUAGUAAUUAUCUCAAACUCAUAAAUCACUGUGGAGCUCAGUCUUCGGCCUGUUCAUCCCAGCUUGCAGUUGCCGAGUCCUCCAGCAAAGAAGGCCCCACUUUCGCUUUCUUUUCCCCUCUUCUCGCAGAUUCUCUCAAGCCUACGAUUUUUUGGACAGGCUAUUUCGGGGGCUCUGUGUCAGAGCUCAAACUGGAGAUAACAGUCUGUGCCCCCCCCGGCACCCCCUCUUCCUGUUCUUUGUUCUUGGUCCUCCCCUGCUUCACAUUCCAACCGAAUCCCAUCUCUUGCAUUCUCAGGCUCUGUCAUCGGAGGCACGAGAGGCUUGAGAUUCACAGAGCUGACACCCUGUAAUUUUGUCCGUUCCUAAGCUUCCCUGGAGACACUGUGGUACAACCUUGGUGCAAAUUUGAAAAUAAGUUCACAAAGCCAACAAAGAGACUCAGACCAUUAGGUCCAGUCGUGACCGACUCUGGGGUUGCGGCGCUCAUCUCGCUUUACUGGCUGAGGGAGCCGGCGUACAGCUUCUGGGUCAUGUGGCCAGCAUGACUAAGCCACUUCUGGUGAACCAGAGCAGCGCACAGAAACGCCGUUUACCUUCCCGUCGGAGCGGUACCUAUUUAUCUACUUGCACUUUGACAUGCUUUCGAACUGCUAGGUUGGCAGGAGCAGGGACCGAGCAACAAGAGCACACCCUGUCACGGGGAUUCGAACCGCCGACCUUCUGAUCGGCAAGCCGUGGCUCUGUGGUUUAGACCACAGCGCCACCCGCGUCCCUUAAAGAUCCCUUAGAGAGAUCCUUUAACUCCAAUCUCAGCAGGAAUCAGCACAGUGCUGAGAUGGGAUAGGAGUCCUGAUCUAGAGAUAAAUGAUCCCACUGGCUGCUCUUUAAAGAGGGUUUCUAAAGAACAAUCAGAAGGGUCUUUUUUCAUGGAUCUCAUUGCUAAUUCAGCAUGUUCUUCUUGUGCUCUUAUUUUUCCCCACCCCAGCACUGGGGUUGGAAGGUCUAAACAUGCUGGUUCAUAGAUGUCAACUUUCAGAUUUGAAAAUAAGGGAUCAGCAGCCUCACCUGUCCCCACGUCCCUGUGGAAUCAUGUAUCCUGCUCAAAAUUCCACUUUGUCAGACUGCAGCCCACAAAAGCUUAGGCCAUAAUACCUUUAUCAGCUUUUAAGGGCUGCAAAAGAUGAAAAAACAGAAGCAUAGUUCAUCUAUGGAAUCCAUCCUACAGGAGACCGUGAGAGCCAGCAACAUGGAUAGCUUGAAAGAAAAGAUAAGACUGACGUCUCUGCUCUGCCCUCGCGGUCCUAGGCAAUAAUCCUUCUUGAUACUAGUUUCUGGAAAGCACAGGAAGGCAGAGAAGACUCUUGUGCUCCAAUCCUGCUUGCCCGUUUCCCACAGGCAUCUGGUUGGCCUCUGUGAGAAGAGGAUGCUGGACUAGGUGGGCCUUUGCCUGAUCCAGCAGGCUCUUCUUAGGUUCCAAUAUAUUGCAAUAUUUCUACAGUUACAUGCAGCACUUAAGUUUUACUGAUUUCACAAAGGAGAUACUGUUACUCGAGAAUGAGAUUAUUUCCUCACUUGAAAAAGAAAAAUACAGAGAUGUGUCUAAUAAGCUAAUUCCACCAUUGAUUUGUAUUAUAAAAUGAUGAUGCUUUAUUAAGUGUGAAUGGAGUGCUCAGGGGUUGCUGUUGCCAUUAUCUCAUCUGCUUUGCAAAAAAAAUUGGAACCUAGAAAGGACAGUGGAGUUUGGAGACAGUGUUAAAAUGAGAGAAGGUGCAGAUAGGGAUUGACAUGUGUUCAGUUCCUUUUUUGUCUUGAAAGUCUAACAGGAUUCUCUUUCCUCCCAGACUCCCAAACAGGUGAGGAAGAUGAAGGUCAGAAUUCUAUGGAGCCACCUGUCAAUUCAUUGGGAAGAACAAAGAAACUGAGGAUACAACAACAAACUCACAAAGGAGAGAAACUAUUUGAAUGUAUGAAGUGUGGAACGAGCUUUAGUCAUAGUCAAGCACUUAGAAUACAUCAACGAACUCACACGGGUGAGAAACCAUUUAAAUGUAUGGAGUGCGGUAAGAGCUUCAGUGGAAGUGGACAUCUUAGAAUACACCAACGUACUCACACAGGGGAGAAACCAUUUGAAUGUAUUGAAUGUGAAAAGAACUUCAGUACCGCUGGGAAACUUAGAAUACAUCAGCGAACUCACACGGGUGAGAAACCAUUUAAAUGUAUGGAGUGCGGUAAGACCUUCAGUCAAAGUGGACAUCUUAGAAUACAUCAACAAACUCACACAGGGGAGAAACCAUUUAAAUGUUUUGAGUGUGGAAAGAGCUUCAGUGAAAGUGGGAAACUUAAAUUACACCAACGAAUUCACACGGGUGAGAAACCAUUUAAAUGUAUUGAAUGUAGAAGGAGCUUCAGUGAAAGUGGAGCACAUAGAAUACACCAACGAAUUCACACGGGUGAGAAACCAUUUAAAUGUAUUGAAUGUGGAAAGAGCUUCAGUCGAAGUGGAACACUUAGAAGUCAUCUACGAAUACACACGGAGGAUAAACCAUUUAAAUGUAUUGAAUGUGGAAAGAGCUUCAGUGAAAGUGGAGCACUUAGAAUACACCAACGAAUUCACACAGGUGAGAAACCAUUUAAAUGUAUGGAGUGUGGUAAGAGCUUCAGUGAUAGUGGAUCACUUAGAAGACAUCAACGAACUCACACAGGGGAGAAACCAUUUAAAUGUAUGCAGUGUGGAAAGAGCUUCCAUGAAAGUGGAGCACUUAGAAGACAUCAACAAACUCACACAGGGGGAAAACCAUUUAAAUGUAUAGAAUGUGGAAAGAGCUUCAGUGAUAGUGGAUCACUUAGAAGACAUCAACGAACUCACACAGGGGAGAACCCAUUUAAAUGUAUGCAGUGUGGAAAGAGCUUCCAUGAAAGUGGAGCACUUAGAAGACAUCAACAAACUCACACAGGGGAGAAACCAUUUAAAUGUAUGGAAUGUGGAAAGAGCUACAGUCGAAGUGGAGAACUUAGAAUACACCAACGUACUCACACUGGGGAAAACCAUUUCAAUGUAUGGAAUGUGGAAAGAGCUUCAGUGAUAGUGGAUCAUUUAGAAUACACCAACGAACUCACACAGGGGAGAAACCAUUUAAAUGUAUGCAGUGUGGAAAGAGCUUCCAUGAAAGUGGAGCACUUAGAAAACAUCAACAAACUCACACAGGGGAGAAACCAUUUGAAUGUGUGGAUUGUGGAAAGAGCUUCAGUCAAAGUGGGACACUUAGAAGACAUCAACGAACUCACACAGGGGAGAAACCAUUGA